AUGAGAGAUUCUAAAAAGCUAGCAUUUAUAAUUUCUUCGGUAAUAUCAAUAUCACAGAUUGUCAAUGCUCUAGACAAUGGCUUGGGGUUGACUCCUCCGAUGGGCUGGAAUAGUUGGAAUGCCUAUGGCUGCAAAAUAAAUGCCGAUGCUGUAAAGGAUAAUGCCAAUAAAUUAAUAUCUCUCGGCUUAGACAAGAUAGGAUAUACUUAUGUUAUCAUCGAUGACUGCUGGAUGAUGAAAGAUAGAGAUGCUAAUGGGCACUUACUUCAUGAUAAUUCGAAAUUCCCAGGAGGCAUGAGGCCCAUGUCAUCUUUCCUUCAUGACAAUAACCUUAAACUUGGAUUAUAUGAGUCAGCAGGAGCUUAAACAUGCUAAGGGGGUGCAGGUAGUCUUGGCUUUGAAACUGCAGAUGCUGGAGAUUUCGCAAUGGUAAAGAUAGAUUAUCUAAAAUACGACAACUGUCAUAAUGAAAACAUUCCCGCUCUUAAGAGAUUUACCGAUAUGCAGCUGGCAUUGAAUGCUUCUGGAAGACAAAUUUACUAUUCAAUAAGCAAUUCAGGGAACGAAGACGUGUGGACAUGGGCUAAAAAGAUUGCAAAUUCCUGGAGAACCACUACUUCUAUUGAUAAUAGCUUCACCAGUGUUAAGUACAAUUUCAUUACCAACAACAAGUAUGCUGAUUUUGCAGGAGUUGGUGGAUGGAAUGAUCCAGACGUCCUAGUAAUUGGUAAUGGCUAGCUGACUAUCUCUGAAUCAAGAACUCAAUUCGCUCUUUGGUGCUUCGUAAAAGCUCCUCUAAUUCUAGGAAAUGAUCUGAUUAAUAUGAGUCCUGAGGUACUUGCUAUAAUUUCCAAUAAAAACUUGAUCGCUAUUAAUUAGGAUUCAAGUGGAAAUAUUGGCUCAUGUGUCAUGAACUGCUAGAACGAUCUUCAAGUUUAUUAAGUAAUGAAUUUAGACGGAGGUGUUUACUUCGGAAUAUUGGUAGUAAAUUGGAAUAAUGAUGAGAUGGAUUCAGUCCUCUUAGAUUUCGUAACAAUGGGAAUUGCUGGAAAUCCAUACUACAACUGCUAAGUUUCUGAUCUUUGGACUGGAACACUUGUUGGUACCUUUAAGAGAACUUACCUAGUUAAAGAUGUGCUUCCUCAUGAUAACAAAGCGUUAAAAAUAAAAUGUCUUCCUUGGGGUCAAGAAUUCCCUUCUGCUGACCAAAAGCAUAAAUUCUAAUUCCCUUGGGAAAAUCAUCAUACUCAAAACGAGUUUUUAAAUUGA